CGUAUAUAUGUCAAAAUAAUUGUCAUUCCAGGUUAUUCUAGCUAAUUCUGUACAUUAUCAUUAGCAUAUGUCAUUUGAUUUCGUAAAAAAGCGCAAGAUGAAAAGCGUGAGACCGCGUAAAAAGCUUUGAAAAAAAAUGUUGACUAUCCUCGCGAGAAGGAUCAAUUUCGGCGCGAGGCAUGGAUUUACCACGGUUUCAGUGCAAUCGCAAAAACGACAAAAUCAUCUUUGCAAAUUCGACCCGCGCUACAACGACGGCAUUAGCGGCUCGAGGAGUAGCAUAAGCAUAAGCAGCGGCAGCGGCGGUGGCAGCGCUACGACAACUAAUGAUCCCCACUACGCCAUUAGUCGGCAAUGGCUCGCCAAUAAAAGGUCGUCGCCAUCCUAUCAGCAGUUCGUCAAUCGACACAAGUGGCUCGAUACGGGCCAUCGGGAUAUCGUAAUAAUCGCGAGCAGCAGCAGCGAGCCCCAGCGGCACUACAACCACCAAAACAACAACAGUUGCUCUGUCAUCGGCUGCAGCAGCGCAUCAUCGUCUAUCCAGUCAUUAGUCGCGUCGCAGCGAAGGUACUAUAGCAAGUCGUCUACGGUUUGCCGUGAUAGUAACACGCAACAAGUAGCCAACAACUGCAAUUCCUGCAAAAUGUCCCGAGAUCCAGCAUCGAAUCAACUCAACGAUUACAAGAAAUCAGUCAAGGAUGGAGCGCCGACUCUGCUGACCGGAAACGGCGCGCCGAUCGCCAACAAGAAGGCCGCGCAGACGGUGGGCCCGCGCGGCCCUCUCCUCCUGCAGGACUUUGUCUAUCUCGAUGAGAUAUCGCACUUCGAUCGGGAGCGCAUCCCCGAGCGAGUGGUGCACGCCAAGGGCGCGGGUGCCUUCGGCUACUUCGAGGUGACCCACGACAUCAGCAAGUACUGCAAGGCCAAGAUCUUCAGCAAGAUCGGCAAGAAGACGCCGCUCGUGGUGCGCUUCUCCACGGUGGGUGGCGAGAGCGGCUCGGCCGACACGGUGCGCGAUCCCCGAGGCUUCGCCGUCAAGUUCUACACCGAGGAGGGCAUCUGGGACCUGGUGGGCAACAACACCCCCAUCUUCUUCGUCAAGGACCCGAUGCUGUUCCCGAGCUUCAUUCACACGCAGAAGCGCAACCCCGCCACCCAUCUCAAGGACGCCGACAUGUUUUGGGACUUUAUCACUCUGCGGCCCGAGAGCACGCACCAGGUCAUGAUUUUGUUCAGCGACCGGGGCAUACCCGACGGCUAUCGCCACAUGAACGGCUACGGCUCGCACACCUUCAAGCUCGUCAACGACCAGAACGAGUGGGUCUGGUGUAAAUUCCAUUACAAGACGGACCAAGGAAUCAAGAACAUCUUCCAGGAGAAGGCCAACGAAAUCUCGGCGAACGAUCCGGACUACAGCAUUCGCGACCUGUACAACGCGAUUUCGUCCGGCAACUAUCCGUCCUACACGUUCUCCAUCCAAGUAAUGACUCAGAAGCAGGCCGAGGAAUUCAAGUGGAAUCCCUUCGAUCUGACAAAGGUGUGGCCGCACAAGGAGUUCCCACUGAUACCGGUCGGCAAGAUAGUGCUCGACAAGAAUCCCGAAAAUUAUUUUACCGACGUGGAGCAAGCGGCCUUCGACCCGGCUCACAUGGUACCCGGCAUCGAGCCCAGCCCCGACAAGAUGCUGCAGGGCCGACUGUUCUCGUACGGUGACACGCACAGGCACCGCCUCGGACCGAACCAUCUGCAGUUACCCGUCAAUUGCCCCUACAAGAUGAUGCCGGCUGUGAACUACCAGCGCGACGGCUUCAUGAGCAUAAACAAUCAGGGCGGAGCGCCCAACUACUUCCCCAACAGCUUCAGCGGCCCCGUGGAGUGUCCCCAGGUCAAGUCGCCGACUUAUCACGCGAGCGGCGACGUCGACCGCCACGAGCCCGUCAACGAGGAUGACUACGGUCAGGCCACUCUGUUCUGGCGCAACGUCCUCACCGCCGACCAGCAGGCCCGACUCGUCAGCAACCUCGUGGGCCACAUCAAGAACGCCUCGACCUUCAUCGCCGAGCGGGCGGUGCGCAACUUCUCCAACGUCGACGUCGAGCUCGGCCGUCGUCUGGCCGACGGUCUGCGCGCCAACGGCGUGAACCUCUCGGCUUCCGCCAUCUCGGCCAAUCUCUAAACGAAAACGAAGAAGCAACGCUGGUUCUUUUUUGUUUAUUUGAUACAUCAUAGGCUGUACUUCUCAUCUAUUUUUUUUCUUGUUCUUAUUAGCCUUAACAAUUUAAGUGCGGAUGUCAUUUGCUUACUUUUUUUCACUUUUUAAAUGUUUAUACAAUUACUUCUUGUUUGGGGAAUGACAUAUGACUUGUGUCUUUACCUUAUAUCGAUGUUACGUUUGUACGAUUUAUAAAUCGCAAUUUAUAUUUUUACAUAAGAAUGUGGUGGCUGUAAAAUAAAGUAUUUAUAUAUUUUGUACAGUUAA